AUGACAAUGACUCUGAACCCAAACGAUUGUACCAAUUGUCGCUUUACGCGCUUUGGCAAUGUUUCGAUUCUGCUAAUCAAUCUCUUGAUACCCUGCUGGCUCAGUCAAAAGUGCAUCAAUACGUAUGCCAGUAUUAAUCGUAUUAUUCACAACGUUCGCUGCGGCACUGGAAAUAGAAAUCCGGAAUGGCUCAGCAAUAUUCUGCGAGAAUAUGUACUGCAAAUGGAGCAUUUGAAGCUGCGCUUUAGUUGCAACAAUUUCUUUGAUAUAAAUCUAAAGAGCUUUGGUGGCAUGGUGCUCACAAUAAUUACUUAUAGCAUUAUUCUGAUACAGUUUAAGCUAAAAGACUUGGUUGAGGCAAAGCCAAAGAGCUUGACGAAAGCUCAUUGAA